AUGAAAUUAUGGGCCCUGCCGGUGCUAUGGGCCUGCGCGGAAGCGAUUUUGGAAUCGAACGCCAGUGAUCCGCGGCUCUUCUUUGUCCAGGCGAUGUGGCGUCAUGGGGAUCGCUCGCCACAGUCUACUUUUCCCGCCGAUCCGAUCAAGGCAGAGAUGUGGCCGUACGGGCUGGGCCGACUUUCCCCGCGUGGAAUGGAGCAGGGCAUGAGGCUCGGGGCUCGGCUUCGCGAGCGAUACGUCGAGACGGGCUUCUUGUCGAGCGAGUAUGAACCGUCGGAGCUCUACGUAAUGUCCAGCAGUUUCGAUCGGACAAUUAGUGCCGCCUAUUCCGUACUCGUCGGGCUUUACAGCCAGAAUUCGAGCCGUGUCAUUCCGCAUUCGGGGCCGGGGGACGCAAUCCGCUGGCCAACCAAUUAUGUACCGAUCCCCGUCCGUACAAUGGAGGAUGCAAGGGAUCAUGACAAGUGU